AUGACCUCGGCUUGGGACUCGGACGUUGUGGAGUGCAAGCUCUGCGACCACUGCGAGUACCGAGCAGAGCGUGGGAAGUCUACGUGCUGCGACCAAUGUACCGCGCAGAGCGACAGCCAUGAAGCCCACUGCCCCCGGCUGAGCCGGGAGGUGUUGCAGCAGAGCCGCUGGGAGCAUUUCCGCUGUGACCUCGGCGCGGAGGAGGAGGCCGUCUGCCUUGUGGUGCCGCCACGGGCUCCCAAGAAAGGCCCAGCUCCGGUGCUCCUGUUCCUGACAGGCAACGGCCACGUGGACGACCGUCAGGACUUUCUGUCGGGGGGCGUUGAUCAGCUGAUCCGGAACAAUGAGCUCCAGCACUAUGUGCUUCUCGCCCCAAAGCCCUUGUGGAAAACUGGUGUCCUGCGCUACAACCACAACUGGAGAAAUGCCUGGUGCGAAGAUGCUGUUUGGGCACUUGUGACGGAGAUGUUACGUCGGCUCGGGCCAGAAAACGUGGACCCCACGCGGCUGUACGCCACCGGCUUGUCUUUGGGGGCAAUAGGGGUCUGGCAUCUCGCUUUGCGUUAUGGCGAAUACCUGGCGGGCAUCGUCCCGGUUUCUGGUAAAUGCGAGUGGCCCUUUAAGUCUUGGUACCAGGGCCGCCUCGACCCAGCAGUGGCCAAGCGCCUGGAGCAGAUCCCUGUGCGGUGCUACCAGAUCGAUGCCGAUCGCUAUGGUGGCACACCCAUCCAUGACUUGGAGUGGCUGUGCUGGGGUCUGCCGGAGACCACCCGGGAAGUAACGCUUAAGGGCAUGGACGUGGGCAGAUCCGUGGAUGUGAAGAUCCGCAGCUGGGAGCGGCCGAAUGGCGCGGGCAAUUGGGAGCUUUGGGAGGCCAAAGGCCCUUUGACAGACUGGGCUUACUACGAUGAUUGGGGAGGUGACAAGCACUGCCUGUGGAACAGGGUGUAUCCAUUUGUGGACUGGGGUAUGCCCGAGUUCUUGGCUUCUCAUUCGGUGCCCAAGGACCGCUGA